CCUCUUCUUUCGGCAACAUGAGUAAUCAUUACAAACAGGAGGGAACUUGUGCAUUAUGUUAAAAACCAAGCCACACAUUUCUGAAGGGCACUUUUAAAAAAAGCACGUUCAGCAGACUGGGAACAAGUUCGUUGCUGGCAAAAAAACCAGCAGCGCUCGGGACACUUUACCUGCAAUGAAACUGCGCCUCCAUUUGAAGGUCCGGAGGGAGGCAGGAAUGGCGUCGCCUCUGGACGGCGACCGGGAAAGGCGAGAGAAGCUCUAGCUGGGACCCGGCCCGUGUCGAACGUCUCCAUGGCGACCGCUAAGAGACCGCCAUGGCGACGGAGGAGCGUGAAGGAACCGCUGCGGAAUCUGCAGUAGCAGAAAUCCAAAAGAAGAUCACCGAAGCCUUUGAAGUGUUUGACCAUGAAUGUAAUAAAACUGUGGAUGUCAGAGAGGUCGGCACUAUCAUUAGGUCAUUAGGCUGUUGUCCCAAUGAGGCGGAUCUCCAUGAUAUGCUUGCAGAGGUAGAAGAAGAAGAACCAACUGGGUUUAUUCGUUUGGAAAAAUUUCUUCCUAUGAUGACUAGAGUGUUAAUGGAAAGAAGAUACCGUCCAAUUCCAGAAGAUGUUCUUUUACGUGCUUUUGAGGUUUUGGAUCAGAAUAAAUCUGGACAUCUAACUAAAGAUGAUUUGGUAAAGUAUAUGACUGAAGAAGGUGAACCUUUUACACAGGAAGAAAUGGAAGAAAUGCUUUCAGCAGCAGUAGAUCCAGAAACAAAUACUGUUCGUUACAAGGACUAUAUUUCAAUGAUGGUUGUGGAUGAAAACUAAUAACGUUGUUUAAUUUGUGGGUCUGAAUUUACUGUUUUUACAUUAACUUCAUUGUAGUUACUGUACUUGCUGUUGGGCACAAGCAUAAUAAUAAUUAAACUGAAAUUUAUGAAAAUACCAUAUUGUUUAUUUUGUAAAAGACAAGCAUCCCUAAAUAUCUUAAAGUGUCAAUCUGAUUGUAUAACUGAAAAUAGUAGAAUUCGACUUCUGGUGGCAACGCAGACUUCGUGGACAUCCCUUUGGGAUCGUCUGGCCUGGGUUUUGUCAAACCAUCUCUGACAGCGCAAAUUGGCUGUCAGACGGUUUGAAAAUUCUUCCCCCAGGAGAAGGGGGAGAGAAGAGUGGUCAGGUUUGGGUAGAGCUCCCUGGGAGCCCCUGGAAUUAAACCAGGGGACCGA